CAACCCCACCAUGCUAUAUCUGUAUUAUUCUUGAAAUUUUGGAAAAUUUCUGCAAAGAUUAGAUUUUUUUUCUUUUUUUGGGCCUACCCCAUUUGCUGGAUGCUGAAUUUUGUUAAUAACUUUCUCUAUUCUUGAAAUAUUGUGUAUAUUUUCUUCCAAGAUCAGAUCCCCCCUCCCCCCCCCCCCCCCCCGGCAAAUACCCCCUAUUUGGACCUAGCCUUUUGUUACUAAUUUUUUCUUUUCUUGAAAUAUUGCGGACAAUUUUCAUCAAAGAUCGGAUUUUUGUUUUUUGCUUUUUCAUUAUUCCCUUUUGCUGUAUAUUGAAUUUGACUUUUAUAUGGGGGUGAUCUGGCAGAGAGGAUAAGAAUGUGGUGCGAAUUUCAACACAAGUUGUAGGUUGAUAUUUAUCUUAUUUUGUUUGAUUGAUUGUAUGGUGUCUAGAGAUUUCUGGGUUAUUUUCAGAUGGUGACCUUCCCAACUAUCUCAUUAUUUUCCUAUAUACAUUUUGAGGUUUUAGAAGUAAGACAUGAUAUAUUUAGAAAUUGCUAUCAAGGACAUUCUCUACUUCUUCGGAGGUAGCGGUAUGAACUGCGUACAUCUUACCCUCCCCAGACCCCACUUUGUGGGAAUACACUGGGUUUGUUGUUGUUGUUGUUGCUAUCAAGAACAUCUUUUUCCUUUUUUUUUAAUCUUGCUGUCAAAUGUCAAGGCCCUUCCUGUAUCCCAUUUGAUGAUUCUUGUCCAUCACAAUCUAUUGAGCAAAUUGUUUUUUGGAUCUUUUUCGUUAGUAUCGCUAUAAUAUAGCACGUUUUUCUUCAUUCUUUUCACUUAUUGACUAUUGCUGCUCUGGCUAAAAAUAUGGCUAAGUGCCAGCACUAUUGUAAAGUGAGUAAAGAAGAAUUGUUUCGUCCGGGAGAAAUGAUGGAGAAGAAGCAGAAGAAGUUUCUUACUGUGGCGCCCUUUGAGUGUGCCUGGCCUAAUGAUCUGAGAUUUAGAGAAGCAGGAAGGGGUUGUAUAGCUUUUGAUGCUUUCGCGCAUAACGAUGUAACAGUUGUUUUCCGGGAGCAGGUAGGAAGUCAGCACUAUCACUACAAAAGGGAUAACUGUCCACACUAUACUGUGAUCAUUGGUAGUCAUCGGAACAAGAGAUUGAAAAUCGAGGUUGAUGGGAAAACUGUGGUGGACGCUGCUGGUGUUGGUCUUUGUUGUUCUUCAGCAUUUCAAAGCUACUGGAUUAGUAUCUAUGAUGGAUUGAUUAGCAUUGGCAAAGGAAGGUAUCCUUUUCAGAAUCUUUGCUUUCAAUGGCUUGAUUCGAAUCCAAAUUGCUCCGUUCAGUAUGUUGGUCUUAGCAGUUGGGAUAAACAUGUUGGCUAUAGGAAUGUUAAUGUAUUGCCUGUCACAACAAAUCAUUUAUCUUUGUGGAAACAUGUGGAUUAUGUCGAGCAUGAUUUAGGAGAGGAUGAUUUAGAACAAGAGUUAGAAGAUGAAAUUGCUAAUCAUGAAAGUUGGGGUCUUGGGAAGUUUCUUGAGAAUUGGGAGUUAUCGGAUAUGUUUUUCAUUGUUGGAAAGGAAGAAAGGGUUGUUCCAGCUCAUAAGCUAAUUUUAGAAGCUUGCGGAGAUUUUGGUCUUAGUUCAUCAGUUGAAGAAGUUGUUCACCUGCCAGACACAAGUUAUUCUGUUCUUCAUGUACUUCUUCAGUACAUCUACACCGGACAUACUCAGAUUUUGGAGUCUGAUCUCUGCUCGUUGAAGUCUUUGAGCUUACAAUACAAGGUGAUGUCAUUGGUGAAGCAAUGUGAAGAAAUCCUUGAGCGAAUAAUGUCUGAUAAGCAGCUCGUUGAGUCUGCUCAGCUUGUCGACAUAUCUUAUCCAAGCUGGCUCCAACGCAGCAAAACUUUUCCAUAUGGGUUGCCUAUUGAUAUGGAAAGGCUUGAACGGUUCUUCUCAACUGGAGAAUAUAGUGAUCUAGACAUUUAUGUUGGAGUGCAUGAUAUUGUUUUGCGGUCACAUAAAGUGAUCCUUGGGUCAUGGAGUACUCCUUUCACAAAGAUGUUUACAAAUGGAAUGAGGGAGAGCAUUUCUUCAACGGUCUGCUUAAAAGAUGUUCCUCUUGAAGCAUUCAAGAUUAUGCUAGAGUUCAUGUAUAGUGGAGAACUUAAUAAAGAAGCUACCGAGGGAAUUAAUACCUUGUUACUUCAGCUACUUUUACUAGCAGAUGAGUUCGGGGUAACACUUCUUCACCAGGAGUGCUGCAAAAUACUUCUGGAGUGCCUCUCAGAGGACUCAGUAUGCCCAAUUCUUCAAGUGAUAUCAUCUGUUACUUCAUGUAAACUCAUCGAAGAAACCUGUGAGAGGAUAUUUUCUAUGCACUUUGAUUAUUGUACAACUGCAAGCGUUGACUUUGUCAUGUUAGAUGAAUCAAGCUUUAGCAAUAUCCUUCAGCAUACAGAUUUGACAGUGACAUCUGAAGAGAGAGUUCUAAAUGCCAUCUUGCUGUGGUGCUUACAAGCAAGAGAACUGCAUGGAUGGGAAACAGUAAAUAGAUCGUUGGUAAAUUCAACACCUGAGAUGCUAUUUGGGGAGAGGCUUAAGUCUCUAAAUGAAUUUCUGCAUCUGGUGCGGUUCCCCUUACUGCCACUUGAUUUGCUGAAGAAGUUUGAAGGGAGUAGCCUUAGCCAGCAGAUUACCACUUUUGAUCAUCUGGUUAAAGAGGCCAUAAAAUUUCUGGAAUUUGGGGUCACCGAUUUUCAAGGAAGCCAGAGGUUUCAGCACAGAAAAUCAAGUUUUAAGGAGCUGCUCUACAUAUGUGAUGGAGACAGCAAUGGGAUCCUUUAUUUUGCUGGCACAUCAUAUGGGAAACACCAGUGGGUAAAUCCUGUUCUGUCCAAGAGAGCAACUAUCACUGCUAGUAGCCCCAUUUCAAGAUACACUGAUCCUAAAGUGUUGGUGUCGAGAAACUUCCAGGGUACAUCUCUUGCUGGACCUCAGAUGGAGGGUGGACGAAACACUUCGUGGUGGAUGGUUGAUAUUGGUCCGGAUCACCAGCUCAUGUGUAACUACUACACAAUAAGACAGGACGGCUCAAGAUCAUUUAUCAGAUGUUGGAACUUUCAGGGCUCUAUGGAUGGGAAAAGUUGGACAAACCUGAAAGCACAUGAGAACGAUCAAAGUAUUUGCAAGCCAGGUCAAUUCGCGUCAUGGCCUAUUACUGGUCCAAAUGCACUGCUUCCUUUCAGAUUCUUUCGAGUGCUCAUGACCGCUCCUACUACAGACGAUACUAACCCGUGGAACUGUUGCAUCUGCUUCUUAGAACUCUAUGGCUAUUUUCGUUAGCUUGGUACCGGUAUAAACAUGUUACGAAUAGCCUAGUUUUUUUCACUCUUCAUUUACAGUCGAGAUGUUGUAUGGUCUUUGGUAUCCCCCAAUGAUGUUUAGUGUUCUGUCUGUUACUGGUUUUGCCAUAGUCAUUAGUUGUUAGCAGUUUUUAGAAACUAUGGUGAUUUGGUGCUUGAUAAUUGAAAGUAUAUUUCAUGCUUUUACAUUAGAAAAACAGAAACCAGAGAGAGCUCUUGUUGAAUCAGUUAUUUUUGUCAUAUCGCAAGAACCUCGAAAAUUGAGGGGCAAGUAAGCUUGUUUUAUAUCUCCUGAAUAAAGGCAAAAGGAGCCUUGGAGCAAUGGUAAAUUUUAUUUAUGAUCA